AUGUUUCCAUUCGACCUCAAACCCUUUGCUCAGACUGGAAACUACAACCAUUCCCUCGGGAUGCGUGACCACCAUGAGAGGCUGCCAAUGGGCUACAAAUGGCGUUCAUCCAAAUGGUUUAUCAUUGCAACCAUCUCAAUCGCGUUAUAUGCUGAGACAUUUCUCUAUGGAUUUCUGGUCCCUUUCCUCGGUGACAUGCUUCUGAAUCGCCUUCAUGUCCCACAUUCGAAAAUCCAGGAGUUGACAUCUGCUGUACUUGCCGUCCAUGGGGCACUCGCCAUAAUCGCUGGCCCUAUUAUUGGGCACUUUAGCGAUCGGAGCCACAACCGCAAGACUCCGUUGCUGUUAUCUCUUGGUGCGUCUAUCAUCGGGACUUGUAUGGUUGCAGUUUCUCGUUCGGUUCUUUUCCUCUUUCUAGGCCGUGCGGUGCAAGGAAUCGCAGGGUCUGCAGUGUGGAUCAUCGGCUUCGCAACAGUCGCUGAUACCGUCAGUCCGAAUAAUAUGGGCUCAGCAAUGGGACUGGUGAUGUCAUUUGCCAACUCGGGGACGAUUAGCGGACCUGCAAUCUCUGGGCUGCUGUACGAGAGUGUAGGUUACUGGGUGCUAUGGUCAAUUCCGUUACUGGUCCUAACUAUAGAUCUUGUCGCGCGCGUGCUUAUGGUGGACAAUCCGUCGGAAGCUCUACCGUCUGACCGUACAUUGGAGACGGAUAAUGUACCACUAUUAUAUGGAAGCGAAGAAAACCCAUCUGGAAUCGGGGGUGUCUGGCGUAUUUUGUUAUGCAAUGGUCGAGUUCUGACAUGCUUGUUGAUUACAUUUUCAAGCAUGAGUGUAAGUACGAGCUUGCACGCGACGCUUCCUUUGUAUAUCCACAAGCAAUUCGGCUGGGGUUCGAGUGCUAGUGGACUACUAUUUGCUGGUUUUGUCAUUCCAGGUGUCUUGCUCGGUCCCUUCGCCGGCUGGGUCCGUGACAAAUAUGGCGCACGAUACCCUGUAGUAGUCGGCGCUAUUCUCCAGGCGUUGGUACUCAGCCUUUCAGGUGUCGCGGGAGGCGAUCGUUUCUCCUGGUCCGGGGCACAGAAUGCCGGCAAAGUCAUCUAUUCAGUAUGUCUCAUUACUAUUGGCAUAUUGCGACCAUUCGUGUCUGGUAUUGCACCCGCCGAGUUGACCGAUACCGCCAAAAGGAUCCAGGAAAAUACCUCAAGGACUUUGGGGGGCGAAGGAGGCGUGUCACGUGUAAUCGCUAUGAUGGACGUCGCUGCCUCCCUCGGCAUGAUGGUUGGCCCAAUCAUGGGUGGCUUUCUUAAGGAACUGGUCGGGUACGAGGGUAUGAGUUUGACGUGGAGUCUAACUUAUGUUUUACUUGUUAUGUUUGCAAUGCACUUUUUAGAAUCCCAGGAAUCGAAGGAAGCGUCCUCUGUUGAGGAAAAUGCGGAUUGUUAG